AGGAAAUAUGUGUUUAUUUCAUAGCUUUAACAGUUCCUAUGUAUUGUUAUGCAGUAUAUGUGUCUGUUUUGAAAUCAAUAAAAGGACUGAACAAAUUUGGAUUGAAUCAGUUUUAGUCAAUUGUUAGAUCAGUGAGUGUUAGGUUAGACGAACGACUCUAGUAAACGAUCUAGGAAACUAAAGAAAUUAAAAAAAUAGUUUAAAUAGUUUAAAUUAGAAAAACCAUGAGUGGAUCAAGAGCCAAACAUAAUUUUGCCAAAGAAUGUGAAGAUGCCAUCAAUAAACAAAUCAAUGUGGAACUACAGGCUGCUUAUGAUUAUAUGGCAUUCUUCACUUAUUUCGAUCGAGAUGAUGUGUCAUUUCCGAAAGCAGCUGAAUUCUUUCGAAAAGCUUCACAUGAAGAACGUGAACAUGCAGAGAAAUUGGCCAAAUAUCAGAACAAACGUGGUGGUCGUGUUCAAUACAGUGAUAUCAAGUGUCCAACUAAGACAGAAUUCAGUGGUUUGGAGGAUGCUAUGAAUACCGCCCUUGGAAUGGAAAAAGCAGUUAGUAGUUCAUUAUUAGAACUCCAUGAAGUAGCUUCAAGGAACAAUGAUCCAGGAUUAACAGAUUUUAUUGAAAGUGAAUUUCUUCAUGAACAAGAAGAUGCAAUUAAACAAUUUGCUGAUUAUUUAACAGAAACACAACGAGUUGGUAAAGGACUUGGAGAAUAUCUAUUCGAUAAAUUAACAUUAAAUGAAUAGAGUGAUUUUAAUUAUUCUAUUUUAAAUGACAUUCCUCAUUAUCAUGAUUUUAUUUGAUACAGCAUAGUUUGUUUGUUUUUAAAAAUAAAAUUUAUUUGUAAAUAGAUCACAUUUACUUCAACAAUAUAACCAUCUAGUUCUAA